UGGUCGUGCGAGUGCGGAGUGCGCGCAGUGAUGUCCCCGAGAUGAGGCUCGGCCUGGUGCUACUGUGGCUGGGGGCGGCGGCCGCCUGCGGCCCGGGCCGCGGCUUCACGCGCCGCCACGGCCCGCACCGCAUCACGCCCCUAGUGUUCAACCAGCACGACCCCAACAUCGGGGAGAACGCCAAGUCCGCGAGCGGCCCGCCCGAGGGCCGCAUCACCAGGGACGACGACAAGUUCAGGGACCUGGUGCCCAACUACAACCCGGACAUCGACUUCAAGGACGACGAGGGCACCGGCGCCGACCGCCUGAUGACGCAGCGUUGCAAGGAGAAGCUGAAUACCCUUGCAAUCAGCGUGAUGAACCAGUGGCCCGGCGUCCGUCUCCGAGUGAUCGAGGGUUGGGACGAGGAGAACUCCCACCAGGACAACUCCCUCCACUAUGAAGGUCGAGCGGUAGACCUGACCACCAGCGACAGAGAUAGAAGCAAGUACGGCAUGCUGGCUCGCCUGGCCGUCGAAGCGGGAUUCGACUGGGUUUUCUACGAAAGCAGAUCCUAUAUACACUGCUCGGUUAAAACAGAAUCAUCAGUGGGUACCGGUGCGGGAUGCUUCCCGUCCGGGGCAAUGGUGUACACGCCACACGGGCCCCGGCCUAUCGACCGUGUCGUAUCCGGGGACACCGUGCUGGCUGCGGCUGAUGACGGCAAGAUGACCUACACUGAAGUGGUGACGUUCAUCGAUCGAGAUCCGAACUCCACGCGGCGGUUCGUGGAGGUGACAGCGGAAAACGGCGUCACCAUCACCACGACGCCCUCCCACCUCCUCCUCCUGGCCUCAGCCGACGGCUGGAGGGAGUCGUUCGCAGACAACAUCGAAAUCGGCGACGUCCUCCUCACGAGAGGGACCAACGACGUCAUGCGUCCCUCGCGAGUGGUCAGGAAAAAGACUGUGUAUAGAAAAGGUGCGUUCGCGCCCCUCACCAAAACCGGGACUAUUAUAGUGGACGAUGCCCUCGCGUCGUGCUACGCGCUGGUCGGCAGUCACUCGCUGGCUCACACCGCCAUGGCGCCCCUGAGAUGGAUGUCGAGUUGGACCAGCAACGAGGUUGGCCGCGGCGUCCACUGGUACGCCAAGGCCCUCUACAAUCUAGGAGAGUACGUCCUUCCCUCCUCCUACAAAUAUCGUUAAGACUGUGAGUGAUCCUCCACCCAGUGGAGUGACCGUGGACUUUUGAAUGAACGUUGCGCGCAGGGCGUGCCUGUAAAUACCUGUAAAUAGUCUCGAUACUUGCAUAUGUCGCCGUUGUAAAUAAGUAUUAAAAUGUGACGCUAUAAUACGUAACCUCGUUUAUAUUUAUUAAGUAUUUUAGGGUACUCGGAUUAGGAUUUUAGCUAACGGAUAUUUGUAAAUUGUGUCGAUAUUGUUAUUCUGCACAAUGCGGAAAUACAUCAGUAUGCGCUUAUGUUUUUAGUUGUAUAUUUACUUGUUAGUGAAUCUAAAUUAUCUUUAACUUAAAGUAUUCUUUCCGAACAGUAUUUGCUUGUAUUUUGACAUUCCAAGGUUUUGUUUACGGCGCAAAAAUGUGAAUUACAGAUUCGCUACUUUCUAUUUUUCCCUGUAUUUUUGGCGAAAACAGAAUAUUUGUGCAUGCAACGUUGUACGCGUAGAUGAUGAACUUGUGAUCUUGGUACCUAAAUCAGUGCCUUAAUAUUUUAUUUAUUGUUAUAGGCUAGUUAUCUAUUUCAAAAAUUGACGGAACUAAAUACUUGUUAUCUGCUUUAGUGUUAUAACACCGCUUUAUUUAUUUUUCUCUCUCUAUCUUUCUUCUCUUUUCUUUACGUAGGUACGAAAUGUAUAUUUUCUUUUGGCGUUUGAUGACAAGAUUUCCGUUUUCUUUUUGAAUAUCUGUUUCAUGCAGUGAGUUUUUGCUAACCAUAGUUAAACGUAGGAUAAAACACAUGCUAUGUAAGUUAUCAAAAUACAUAAGAUAAGAAUAUUUUUCCUACUUUAGUUUUAAAUUCAAUGAUCCGACACAGGUGUUUAUUUUAACGUAUUCAAGAUGUAUAAAACCUGUUGACUAUAUUUUGCAUUGUUGUUAGUUGUCAUACUGGUUAUAAUCUUGUAAACUCAGGAAUAGAAAAAAUCAAAAUAUUGUAUUACAUUUCGAAUUAAAAAAAAAACAUGUUUUUCAAUGUUAUGUCUUUCGUAGCUAAUGUAAUUUUCAAAUGAUUAUAGUGGCAAAAAUAUAAACAUAAGUUGCCCAUAACUAAUAAGUACUAAAUUUACAGGCAAACAAUGAAUUACCAUGAAAAUAUAUUUUCAGUAGAUCAGUUUUUUUUUUCAAAUUUUGAUCAAUAUUGAUCUUGUACUGAUGUUAGGGUUCCUAUUUAUAAUAUUGCCAGUGAAAACUUCUAUACCUAAAUGUCUAUUUACUGCAACGAAACUUUAAAGUAGGUAUAUUAAAUAAAAAAAUAAAAGCUUUCAACAAUGAUGUAAUGGUUUUCGGCCACAACAGCUUUUCAUGCAUCGACUGUGUAGAAAGAUUUCCGAGAACGAUUGGCAGGUGGUUUAAUGAAACGCAUUACUACUAAUAUAAUAAUAUAUAAUAUGCAUGUAGUCUGUUUAAUAAAGACGUAAAAUGCUUGUAAAUGAUGAUGAUUAGUGCCUUGGAAAUUAAA